CUCUAUAUAGUUUCGUAAACGGCCAAUUGUAUGGAUAUUGGUGGUUGGUUGACAAACUGUGACUUACAGUAUUCCUCAUUUGGACUACUGUACAUGUACUUGCUACAUCCUCUCAAGAUAUUCCAUCAUCAUAUCCACCUACUUGGAUUCUGACUAAGGACCAGUUGAGUUCAGCAGUGGUCCCUUUUGUGGCAAUCAGUGUGUCAGGCAAUCAACCCAGAAGAAAACCAUGAAGAAAUUCAACUUCAUGAGCAGAAAGAGUAAGCCAUUGGGGAGAGAGGACGUGAGUCCUCUGAUUAAGAACAGUACACUGCCUACAGAUGAAGAGGACCAAACCGGGAAUUUGGGGUAUGGGAAUCCCUACAUGGAGAAUGGCUUUAACAACCAUCAGGAGUUGGACAAUCAGGGGGGUCAGGAGAAGGGACAGUCGUUGCUCAGUGUACUUGCAAAAGCUUUGAGGGUCAGCCAUGCUGUCCCUCAAGAGAGACUUGAAGCUAAUUUGGAGGGGCCACCGGAAGAGAUUAUGUGCCAUGAGGCUCAGAAGAAGGACGAUACACACCCAGAAGUCUUGCACCAGAUGUACUUUCAUCUUAUUAAAGCGUCUGUGGACAAACACUUCCCCAAACUGCCAGCAAGGAUCACUGUGAAUAAGCUGGAGGGCUACCUGAUUAAGGUGCAAAUAACUGUGCAAGGGGAGCUUCUGAGGUUGGCACCCCUGCUCAAAGAGGCUCAGUUGCUGAAGCAUUUGAUUGCUUGCUAUCAUCAGCGUAUGUUUGACUGUCUACAGCAGAUCCUUCAGCAUGUCAACACAAAAAAAGAGGCCUUCACAGUUCUUGACUGGGUACUACACACAUACUUGAGUGAGGAGCUGCUAGGACACCCCGACAUCUGGGAUGAGGCUCUACAUGCAGUUGACCUUCUCCUUCUGACAGACUGGAUCCCACAAGCUGAGAAGAAACUCCUGGCCACUGUGCAGGAGGACACCUCCACAUCACUGAGGAGGAUCCUUCAGAAUGAGGAGUCAGGUAGAGAGGUGUGUGUCUCUGGAGAGGAGGCCUUUAUCAAACUGCAUCUGGAUGUCAUUCAGUGCAUCAAUGCUGUUCUCCAGAAAGCAAAGAUGAUGAGCCAAACUCUGAUGCGCAAGGUCCAAAUAGUCUGUUGGCAAGAGCUACAGGACUUCGUGGAAAGGUAUGUCAAUGCUGAAAAGAAGCACCUUCAGAAACAAGCAGGAAUGGGCACGUCAAGUACAAUGCACUUCUUUAAGACUUUCAACACCUGCAAUGAACUCGAGUUGUAUAUUUCAAGGAUUGCCAAAGAUGACACAAGCUUAGACUGUGUUAAAACCAUUUCAACACUUAAGGGGUUGGAAGCUCUUUCUUGGAAGCUUCUUCUGGAAAAACCAUUUCAACUUGCACAGAUUUCCUUGAAGAAGUAUUUCAAAAGAGAGGAUGAACAAAUGGAAAAUCUAAUGAAAGAGAUUACAUUUAUUUUCCAAGACCUUCCCAAAGACAAGGACACACAAAAGACUGUGAUUAACAAAGCCUAUCAGUCCAUCACCCUUCUGUACCUUCAACACCUGGUGCAGAGUAACCAUGGGAAGCUGGUGAAGAGAUGGGAUUAUGUGAACAAAAGAGUGAUGCAUGAUGCCGAGCUCCUUCACUCCAUCUUCUCAGGCCUGAAUCCUGAUGUUAAACAGUGGCACAUCAUACUGAUUAAAGUGAGAGAAGUGCUGGAGUGCAGCGACAUUGAACGUCUCAAGAUAACAGUCAGUGAGAUACUGAGGGACUACGGCAGUACAAGUGCUGCUGAGCACCUUCCAGCCCUGCUGCGCUGGAAGGGAGGCCUGUCAUGGAGACUGACCCGGGAGGUUCUGGAGGCAAGCCAGGAAGUGUACCCCAUUGACCUCUCCCAAACCAGGUCUGCACCCUGGUUUGGCUGCCUUUUUUGCUGCUGAGUGUGGGAACUGGGACGUCUCAGGCAAAGGACAAUAACGACCCCACUCUAACAACCUGACCCUCAAGUUCUCAACCAACAACACAAUAUUUGGAACUAUGUUUACAUGUCUUUGUCAACUUUUUAAAGGUAUUC